GGGUGAUAAGUGGAAAGUGAGGGGCGUCCUGGGUACGGGGCGGCGGCGCUCUGGCCUAGUGAGUGGACGCUCCGCUCCCCUGAGCUCCCGCCGGGGGAGGAGAAGGAACCAGAUGGGCGGGUUCAAGCGUUUGCGGCGGCGGCCGCGGCGGUCCCGAGGCCGCCGGCUCCUCCCCGCGAGUGUGCCUGUUUGCCGCUCACCGCGCUGAGGCAGUGCGGCGGCCGGCGCGCCGAGGCUGCCGCUCAGCGCCCUCGCCGCGGCCAUGCCCCGGCCUUAGCACGCCUGCCGCAGCCCGCGCUUCGCGGCCCCGCGCCCUGUACCUCCGAGCCCGCCGCCGCCGCCGCCGCCUCUUCAAUGGGCAACCUGCUCGGCGGAGUCAGCUUCCGGGAGCCUACGACCGUGGAGGACUGCGACUCUACCUGGCAGACGGACUCGGAGCCCGAGCCCGAGGAGCUGGGGCCGGGUGGCGGCGAGGCCGCGGGGCAGGAGCCCUCGCAGCCCUCGCAGCCCCGGGAGCUAACCGGCGGGCAGCCCUGCCCCAGCCCCGCGCCGGACGAAGACGCCGAGGUUGCUGGCGCGGAGCAGGGUGGUGAUUCUACUGAAGUAACUGUGAAACCUAAGAGAAGCUUUUAUGCUGCAAGAGAUUUGUACAAAUACCGACACCAGUACCCACAGAACUUCAAAGAUAUCCGAUACCAAAAUGACUUGAGCAAUCUCCGUUUUUAUAAGAAUAAAAUUCCAUUUAAGCCAGAUGGUGUUUACAUUGAAGAAGUUCUAAAUAAGUGGAAAGGAGAUUAUGAAAAGCUGGAACACAACCAUACUUACAUUCAGUGGCUUUUUCCCCUGAGAGAACAAGGCUUGAACUUUUAUGCUAAAGAACUAACUACAUAUGAAAUUGAGGAAUUCAAAAAAACAAAAGAAGCAAUUAGAAGAUUUCUCCUGGCUUAUAAAAUGAUGUUAGAAUUUUUUGGAAUAAAGCUGAUUGAUAAAACUGGAAAUGUGGCCCGUGCUGUUAACUGGCAGGAAAGGUUUCAGCAUCUGAAUGAAUCCCAGCACAACUAUUUAAGAAUCACCCGUAUUCUUAAAAGCCUUGGUGAACUUGGAUAUGAAAGUUUUAAAUCUCCCCUUGUAAAAUUUAUUCUUCAUGAGGCUCUUGUGGAAAAUACUCUUCCCAAUAUUAAGCAGAGUGCUCUGGAGUAUUUUGUUUAUACAAUUAGAGACAGAAGAGAAAGGAGAAAGCUCCUCCGAUUUGCUCAGAAACAUUACACGCCCUCAGAGAGUUUUAUCUGGGGACCACCUAGAAAAGAACAGUCAGAGGGAAGCAAAGCCCCGAAAACACCUGCCCCUCCGGCCUCCGGUCACAACAGUCAAACUUCUAUGCAUAAAAAAUCCAAGGACUCCAAAAAUUCCUCCUCAGCUGUUCAUUUGAAUAGCAAAACAGCAGAAGAAAAAAAAUUGGCACCUAAAGAGCUUAGGAAACAGACAGACAAGCCCAGAGCAGAGCCCAACGAUGAAGCUGCCAAGCCGAGAAACAAUGAGAAGGACAGUAAUGCUGAAAAUUCGAAUUUUCAGUCAGAAAAAACAAUGGACGAUCCCAAAGAGAAAAAGGAGAGUGUACCCCCUUCUGAAAAAGAAGGUGAAAAUCAUAACGAAGACCCUGAAAAUCCUGGGAAUACAAGUCCCCAUGAUGACAUAUCAUUACAGUGAAUUAUCAGAAAACCCAGAAACCAGUUUAGGUAAGGGAGAUAAAAACUCCGAUACAAUUUAUCCAAGGAACAAAGAUGAGAUCAAAUUUCAAAUUUAGGCAUCUGUGAUUUCUGUUGUAAGAUUUUAUUAUUUGUUUUACAUUUUGGGUGACAAUGAAUUUAAUAUUUAAUAAGUCUUAAGACCAAUAAAUGAUUGUAUUCUUUAAUGCUUUUAGGAUGUGAGUUUCAAAUUCUGUUCACAGUGAUCACUUUUAAAUUAUUUUCAAGGUAACUGGAAAAAAUCAAGUAACAUUAAUUUAUCAAAUAAAUUCUUCUGAGUGAUUACAGUCUACAUGAGGAAAACCAAAAGGAUAAUUCCAUUGUGUUGCCACAACCUUUAACUCAUUUAUGGAUUCUUUUUUAAGCUGGUAAAAAAGAAUUUGGCUUCUCAAAUGUUUUCAGAAAGUAACUUGGGUUCUUUGAUUAUAUAUCUGCUACAACAUGUUGAUUUUUAAAUUCUGUUAAGUAAAAUGCAUGUUCUUGAGGAGCUAUGACCUCCGUAGCCCAUCUGUCAAUUGUACUGUUGUCUUUUCAUCUUUCCCUCUCUCUGCUCUCACCCUCCUCCCUCCAUCUUUGACAAUUAGCAUAUGCAUUUCUAGUUUACAUUAGGAUGAUCUUAUAUAUUGAAAUUUAAAUGGAACAGAGUUGGACUUUUAAGUGUAUGAUUUCAAGAAUUUGCUUUGUUUAAAAUAAUAAAAAAUUUUUUUGUAGUAAUUGGUUAGAAAAAAUUUUGACACAAAGUCCAGGAAAAGAAUUUUGCCUUUUCUAGCUAUUCCACAUAAAUUUGAUGCUUGAUUCUGAAUGCAAAUGACUAAGGAAUUUAAAAAUGAAAAAGGAAAUUAUUCAUUUUUAAAAAGUCAUGCCUCUUAUGCUGGCAAUAAGGCAGUGGGGUUACUAAAACCAUGAGUAUCCCAAUAUUAUGUGGACUGUGAAAUUAUUUGCUUAGUCCACAGUGUGUCUUUUUAAAUUUGCUUCAUCUCUAAAUUGUCGGACUUUGAGAACAGAUUUGAAAUUCCAUAUACUCAGUUUAAUAAGCAUUUAAUGUUACUUACCACUGUUUAAAAACAAUUUUAUUUCCCUAUAAUAUUGUUACUAAUUAUUAUUACAAAUCAAAAAACAGUCACACUGUGACACUGGUAAAUAUUCACACUGGUGAAUAUUUCAAAGCACACAUGCAAAUAUAGUUAAAGCAAUUAACAGUUAAAAUAUUUCACUUUAUUUCAGUUAGAAAGGAAUUAGCUUUUGUGUCUCUCUUGGACUUUUGAGAAGAAUUUUUUUCACCUAAUCCCCCCCAAAAUUUUUAGUAUGUCCUAUUUUGUAUCACAUCAUAUCAUCCUUUGUUGCCUCUAUAUUUUCAGCAGCGAAUUUCUAAAAAGUAAAUCCACUAACAGUGUAUCUUUAAAAAUAUGAUUUUAUUGCUUUGAAGUUUAUGUGAAACACCACAGUUGCUUAAACCCUGAUUUUUAUGAAUGUACCACUUAUGUUGCGUCAUAUUCCAAUUAGUAUAACAGAGAACAUUUUCUUAUUUUUAGUUCUCAAAAUGUACCAAUCUUUGCUUUCUCCUAUUUUACAAAGAGAGUACUAGGAUUUAGGGAAGCAGUAUUGCUUUUGCAUUUCAAUUUCUUUUUUACAGGCAAGAAAUACAUGAACCUUCCUACAUGGUGCUUUCUGUAGCACUAUCUCCCUAGAACUCAAUAAACAGUUUUACAGGUUUAAGGGAUAAAAGUAGGUUGUUGCAUUAGGUUGAAUUAUAGGAAUAUGAUUAAUUUAAUUCAAAAUAUCUUACCAAUUUUGCAUACAUGAUGAAGUGUUCACACCCCUUUCUAAAUGUUUAAUAUUAAUAAUUUGUGAUCGAAUACUAAAUUACUGAUAAACAGUAACCAGACACUAAAAUAAAUGAAUAUAGGCCAAAUUACUUAGAAAUUUCAGUGUAUCAUUCAUUCAUCAACUUAACUUUUAGAAUAUUAUUUCUACUUAGAGGUUUGAUUAGAUUGUACCAUUUAAUUAGAGAAUAUUGAAUCUCGGGGAAAAAUGCCUAGCUUUCAUCUACAAUAGUGACCUUUAUCCACCAUGGUAGUUUUUUAAUGCAUAUUCACAUGUAAUAGUUUGUUUCCACCAUUUUAAUCUGUAAAUAACCAACAAGAAAAUUAUUCAGUAAAGAACAAGUAAGAGGAUGCUAUUCUUUUUACAGAUAAAAAUUAUGAAUAUUUAGAAUUUUUUCUAUUAAGAAUACUUUGUACAUUUAAUAGUUUGUUUUUUUUUUUAAAGAUCUAUAUAUGUAUUUAUGUGUGUCUUAGAUAACAAACAGCCCCCGGGUUUAACUCCACAAUGUUUUGUAUUUUUAAAAACUACCAUAUGCUUACAGAAAUUUCUUGAGAAGCUGCUAUAAAAAAUGCAGUAAAGCAUGGCCAAAUAGCUAGAAACAUUACUGAAUCUUUGAAAUAUAUAGUCUUUAUUACUGUAUCACAGGCUACAAGGAUACCAAAUAUUGACUAUUGAUAAAAUGCUAACUUGCAUUUUGUGGCAAAUAGAUGUUAUACCACUGGUUAGUUUAGUAUAUUUAUAAUAUUUUGCACUUUCAUAUCUCUAAGGAGAUAAUAUAUGUGAAAAUAUUUUGAAAUAUUGUAAAGUGAUAAAUGACAUAUUUCUGUAUAGUAGGGAAAAGUUGAUAACACUAAAAAUAUUAUUCCAUUAUACAUUUUUCAUGUUCAAUCUCAUGAGGAAGCGCAAAAGAAUUGUAAUUAAAGUGAAAAUAUCUGCUCUCUUUUAAUCAAGCCUAGUUCUCAGUUCAAAAAUCAUUUUGUAUAAUUUUAUUUUGAAUUUGUUAAAACUAGUAUAUUUCAGUUCCAAGAAAAAAAUAAAACCUACAACUCAGGAGUUACUAGGGAAGUUCUAAGAUUUUUUUCUAAGUAUUAAAAAUAUAAACAUGAAAAUGCCAUAAUAGUUCAUAGUCAUAUUUCAUAUUUUGUUAUAUAAAAUUAUCUAAGUGGUCAAAAAUUAAUUGAACUGGUAGACAGAGUAUUAGGUUAAUUGUUUUAUAGUUAAAUUUCCCAAAUUUUUAGUAAAGUCAUGGUUAAGUUUAUAAUCCAUUGAGUAAAUCAAGCAAGUUUAUUAAUAUAAUAAAUAAAUUUUAUUUAAUAAAUUAAAUUGAGGCUCUUCUAGAAGUUUUACUUUCUAACCUUAGAGAAGGAUAUUCCUGAUCUUGCUUUAUUGUAGUUGCAGCUAUAUGUCUUUAGGGUCUGUUUGGGGUGGAUUGGGAUCCUGUGUUACAGUGACUGUUCUGAAGAUUUCUGUUUUUUUGCCCACUUAGAAAACUUCCCUUUCCUUUUUGGGGUAUAUGCAUUACGUGUAAGGAAGGCUGGAGUCAGACAUGCUAAAAUCAUUUCCAUUGCAGGCGCAGUUGUAGAGAAAGAUGACUGGAGUCAAUAUAGGAGCUAGAAAAUUAAGAGUGUACUUCUAUGACAUCUUUCAAUUUUGAAUUCUGUACUGGUUAGUACAUGAACAGAUUUGUGUGGGUAAUCUCUAUGGUGACAUUGAGUACUACCCUCCUCCUCCCCUGUUUUAGCUAUCCAGAUUGUGUUCUGGGACAGACUGUGUGUUUAGAAAUCCCUUAUUACUGAAGUCAGUAUAAUAUAUUUAUACAUAUGAAUGCCUGGAGAUGUCCAGAUGUGCCUUAACUAAUAUAAAUGGAUUUCAUUCAGAAGUUUAAAAUUUUUGCUCCAUUUUAAAUUAUUGUCAUAAGGAACUUUCCAGACCAUGAGUAUCAGUUACUAUAAUUAAACUUACUUUGGUGCUUUUUGUUUUGGAGGAAUUUCUGUUUGGAAGAAUUGCCUCAAUAUUGCACCAUAAUAUUCAAAAACAUGCUAUGUUUAACAAAAAAUGUUUAGAGUAAUAAAAACUGUGGUUUGUUAUAUUUAUGAUUUUCCUUAGUGGUGUUAUAUGCUAUAAUUUUCAUUUUAAACAAUACCUCAGUUACUCUAAUAUUUUACCUAUUUUAUUUCUUGCUCUUGGAUGCAGAUUGUUGCUAAGAAUAGAAUACUUGUAGAGAAGUUACUUAAAAUUUUAAUUCUAAUAGAUGGUUGGAGGAAUCUGAAAUUAAUUUGUGUCAUAGUUUUAUUACAAACAUUUAAAAAGUACGGUCUUGCUAUCUUCCUAGAUUAAUGAGAGUGUUGUCAUCUUUUUUUCCUUUUUUGUUGAGAAGUUUGUACUAUUUGUGGGAAAUACUUAAUAUGAUUAUUUUCUUGAAUUAAAGUUUUCAUGUGGAGAAUACAAUUAGUUGCAUUGUUAUAUGUCCAAACUCUGCCUGGAAGUAGAGCUGAGAGAGGAAGAGGUGACUGAGAAUCAGGGUGAGAUGUUGGUGCAGUGGAACCAACCCUUUUAAGUGGCAUGUCGGGGCCUCGGAGCCCUCUUCUGGAUACUGAGGGUGUUGGGCCCUAUGAUCUCGGACAUCUGGUGAAGGCAGACCAUCUUGGACACAAUAUGCAAUUUUAAUGGGUAUUAGUUUCCAUAUCAUACAUGCUACAAUUUAUUUGCCACUAUUUUAUAGUUCAGAAAAUUGAGAGCAAUUGGGCUCCUGCUAUGUAAAUUAUAGCUGUGCUUUUAUAACUAUCUUGGGAAACACAUUGGCAUACCAAUUUUCCCCCCAGUCUCUUCAAUCAAAAUUCUACUGGGUUGUUCUUUCGCAAAUAUAUGUAUAUCUAUAUCUAUAUAAAGGCUUUUUAUAACAUGAUUCAGUAUACUUUAAAAAUGAAGUGAAAGGGAAAUGGCAUCAGUUCUUGUUAUACUAAAAGAUCUUAAAAUCAGAGCACCUUAUAGAAAUAUAUUUAAGCCAUGGGGUUUAUUUAUCUUAUUUUCAUUUUAUUUAAUUAUAAAGUAUCAUGUAGAAUAUUUUACAUUAACUAGAGAGAUUAGUUGUGUAAUAAGCUUUUGUCCUAAGAAAUAUUCCAUUCUGUACUCAUUGGUCAAAUGAGCAGUUUUUCAGUGCUAAGAUUUGGUUUCAUGCUAAGAAAAGGAAAACAUAAAUGAAACAAAAUAAUAUCAAUAGUAGGAAGAAACUACAGAAAUAAAGAUGUAACUAUUCAUAGGUUUGUGAAAAUAUCAGAAUUAUUGGAAGCAGGUAGGGGAGGCUAGAACAGCUUUAAAUUAUCUGCAUAGGAGAGCAGGGAUUGUGCGAACCAUGAAUAUCACCUAUUCCAUAGUGAAACCUUUUGCUGGAUUGUUAAAAAUAAUAAAAUGAUCAGAUAUCAAGUUUAAUUCUUUUGCUUGUGUGUGCCAACAGGUUGGUUUUACAAACGAAAAGGUAAAUUGAGGGACUGGCUGCAGAUAAGAGAAGGCUAAGUGAUAGGUGAUUUAUAAAUGAAGUAUCUAUCUCUCAUACUACCAAGAGUUUACAGCAUAUUUACUGUGUGGCAUUACAAUUAAUAGAAGCAUAUGAAGACAAAUUGUUAGGUCAUUUGACAAGCAACUUUUUUUCCAAAAAAAGCUUUUACUUGUUUGCUCAGUAAUAUAUUGUCUCUUCUUUACUGUUGCCUAAGAAGAUAAAUGGCAGACUGAGUCUUGUCAUUAUUUCAAUUUGGAAACUACUGUGUCCUUUAUAUCUGAAGUAUUUCAGGAAAAAGGGUGUGAUUCUUACAAAAAUGUGAGUUUUAUUUACCACCUAAGUUCUGAUUCUCCAGUGGCCACUGGGCCUUCUCUGUGCUCUGUAUUCUGCUGCAGUAUGAAUUACAGAAUGCUGUGCAUGUUUGUUAGUGCCAAUACCAUGUGUAUGUGGUAGAAGUUGUAACCAGUUUCUGGAUCUGUAUGGUACUGUAAAAUACUUAUUUUAUAAUUAUGUAACUGUAUGGCAGUGUUAUGCCAAAAAUGUAUAAAGAGCAAUAGUUUCUGUUGCUUACUGCUGUAUUUGAAAAUAUUGUUUCUAAAUAUAUUUAGAGUUCCUUUCAAGUAAUUAUUUUUAAUAACCAUUGCCAAAUAUACAUCUGUAAAACUAAUAAAAGUCACUUCAUCUUAAUAUUUAAGCAUUGUGUUAGAAUACAUUGUAUUGAUUUUGCAUGAUUAAAAUAUUUUUAAAAAACUA